UCACGAAAGGGUACGAAAAGUCCCGUUCUACGCUCCGUUUUAAUCUAGCUGUCAGCGACCGAUUGACAGCCACUGGCAGCGGUUAAGACAGCAAGAAAGAUACGGCGUAUUGGCAUAUAGAAGGGAAGUAGGGGAGCUGUCUUCCCCUGUGACGAAACGAUUCAGUGCCGUAUAUCUUUUCAGAACUGUCUGCUCGCGCGCGAGUAGCCGUAAAUUAUCAAAUCACCGAUAUUUAACGGCUUUCGACGGAAUUUACGUUCGAUGAUUCGAUCUUGACAGAUUACUCUCGACGAGGUGUGACUUACUUUCAAUAAAUUUAUAUCUCGGAGGUUUUUUGCAAAGGUGAGCCUUGCACAGCAAGAUGAGUUCGCCUAAAACCAGUAAAGAAAUUGCGAACAAGAAAUCCUCUACAGAUACUUCGAAGGAUGUAAAGCCUUUAGUGGAAAAGGUUUUUGGGGAUAUAAGCAAGUCUUCCGCGACCAAACAGAUUCUCAUUGGCAGUGCGUCCGGAUGGAUAACUGGAUUCGUCACUAUGAAAGUAGGGAAGGUAGCAGCCUGCGCGGUUGGCGGUGGAAUUAUCAUAUUGCAAAUUGCCACUGAUCAGGGUUAUAUAAAGAUUAAUUGGGACAAGAUCAAGAACAAAGCUGAAAAAAUAACAGACAAAGUUGAGGAAAAGAUUACCGGUGAAAAAGCAGAUAUGAUGGAUAAGGUCGAGAGAUACAUCGACAAAAAGCUAGACAAAACUCAACGAUUGCUGAAACAAGGAGAACAACGGACGCGACGUUGGUAUCACAAGUUGAUCGGUAUCGGGGAAGACGACAGUUUUCAGCUGCAAGAACUUCACUUCUUUCUAGUCUCGUUCGCGGCGGGUGUUGCGCUUGGCAUUGCCACUGCCAAGUAAUAGCACGUAAUAAGAGUCCGCACUUUGAAUACAAUAACGACUGUACCAUUAUUGUCAAUCAUAAUAAAAAUGUCGUCUGUGAGUACAACAAUAUCAUGGACGAAGCAACGUUAAUAAAGAAAUGAGUGGCACAAACUACGCUUAAAUAUGUUAGAAAAGUAGUUGUACUCUUAAUGAUCUUUAUCUGAAAAAGAAAAUUCAGUGUAUCGUUGAUUUUAUUAUUACUACUCGCGAUUUAGAUGAACAAAAAAAAAA